AUGGAGACCUGGCCUGAGCCUCUGGCGGCUGACUGGAGAGAACCUUGGUUAGAAGGGUGGCCGGGACUUUUGGAACCGGAGGCCUCAUUCGAACCAUCGAUGCAAGGCUGGUCUGAGCCUGUAAGAGAGCCUGAGCCUGUAAGAGAGCCUGAGCCUGUAAGAGAGCCUGAGCCU